AUGCCGGCUACAAAGGGGGCCGGGCAUGAUGCUCCCGUGGGGUGGCUCAAGGACCUGACUUUGAAUAUGCAUCGUCUGCACGACUGGCGACAUGAAAUCACAGUGGGACAGCCCAUCUCCAAAAACCUUGGAUUUAGCUGGCAUCCUGGGCUGUUCACCCUGAUUGUGAACGACCCCGACAUUGUACGGCACAUGCUGAAAGAUGAGUUCAACAAGUACACAAAGCCAGAUGAUCUGUACGACCCGCCCCUAGGCAUGUCAAGAGCACAUUUCUUGAUAAA